AUGAGUCUGAUUACGAAUAAAGUUGAGAGAGACGAUCUCAAACCUGGUGAUCACAUCUACACGUACCGAGCUGUCUUCGCCUACUCUCACCACGGUGUGUUUGUUGGUGGUUCUAAGGUGGUUCAUUUCAAACCUGAGCAAAGCUUAAAUGCUUCUUCUUCAUCUUCUUCUUCAGUUUCAGAGGUUAAUGAUUCUUCUUCAGAAGCUCCUUGUCCUACAUACCCUGACUGUGGAUUCAAACAACCAAACAGUGGAGUGCUACUUUCUUGCCUUGACUGUUUCCUCAAGAACGGUUCUCUCUACCGCUUCGAAUAUGGAGUCAGCUCAUCGAUGUUCCUGACUAGAGUCCGCGGUGGCACUUGCACAACAGCUCAAUCUGAUCCCUCUCAAACAGUUGUCCACAGAGCAAUGCACCUUCUCCAAAACGGGUUCGGUAACUACGACAUCUUCCAAAACAACUGCGAAGACUUUGCUCUCUACUGCAAGACGGGUUUGCUUAUUCUUGAUAAGAACGGUGUUGGGAGAAGCGGUCAAGCCAGCUCCAUUCUUGGCGCUCCUUUAGCUGCACUCCUCUCUUCGCCUCUCACGUUGUUGAUUCCGAAUCCUGUUGGUGUUGCAACGGUUACUGCUGGGAUGUAUUGUAUGAGCAGGUAUGCUACUGAUAUUGGUGUUAGAACUGAUGUGAUCAAGGUUCCUGUUGAGGAUUUGGCUCUGAACCUCGGCAUUAAAACACUCAAGAAAAGGUGA